AUGCGCGCGACACCGCACAGCGGCUGCCCCCAACAGACCCCUCGCCAACAGUCGCGCAAUUUGUGCCGCACCUCGCCCUGCGGAGAGAACCGCCUAUGGCAGCGAGGGUGCACUAUGGAGUCCAUGCGGGCCUUGUCCUCCGCAGAUGGACUAGGGACACGCUUUGUGUCACCCGAGGGCUUGCCGGCGACGACGGAGACUCCAAGAGCCCCGUCAGCGAAAGAUGCCCAACCAGUGGGGUGCCGUACCCCUCCCUGCUCCCCACCAGAAUGGCGGGCGUCACUACGGAAAGACGAAGGCUUGUUUCGGGUCCCUCACGCACACACCACAGCGGCACCUGCGCACGGUGAAGCAUAA